AUGGCAACCGUAACCUUGACCAAAACCCAUGUGAACCGGCCAGAAGCAUCAGCAUACUCUUACACAACCAAAACAACAGCGGAAACCAUGAAUUCAUCGAUGAUAUCAAGAGAGCCCUUGGAGAGUUCAAUAGCAAGGGCAACAAAAGGUCGCAGGAGCAUGGAUGAGUAUAUAAGACCAAUCCUCGACCUGCAGAACCCAUAUGAUGAAUCGCCACCUAAUUACAGGACUGACGAGUACACCAUUACAACGGAAGAGGAAAUCAAGCGCCCAAUGAUAAUCGAUGAGGCAGCAUGCCUUAUACGGGAUACUUAUUUGCAACCAAAAAACCAUGGCCGUAGAUAUGGAGAGGUCCAGGUCAUGUUUUAUAAGUUCAACGUUAUACAAGCAGACGAUAUAGAUCUUGAAGACGUUGAGGACAUAGAGGAUGAUGACGACUACUCCUCUGAUAAUACGGCCAAGAGAGAGGAAAUCGAGAGGAACAACAGGAAACAAUCAGAAGAGCUAAGAAGGAGGUGCCUGGUUCAGGCUGCUAAAGCGAAGGGGGACGGUUACGAGGUCAUCCCGUUGCAGUAUCUAUACGAGAAAGUUUCGGAAACCUCGCCCCCACAAAUGGAAUACGAGCUUUUCCCAUCUGGCAUCCGAGAGUUAUCGGAGCUAAAGAUCAUAGAGUUCCCUGCUUGCUUUUAUGCUACAGAUUUCUUGGAAGCAAUGCAGAGCCACACAAAUCGCUAUAACUUCACUGAGGUUGACCCACAAACUGUCCUGAGGUCAAGGAAUUUGCGUUUCAACAAACAAAUUCCUGGUUUUAAGACAGGCAUCUCAUUGCGCGCAACUAGCGACGAAAGUGAUAAUGAUUAUCUUACACUUCUUACUGCUAUGCCAUAUUUCGGAAAACUUCCUGAAAUGAAGUUCUUACGCGAAGCCAGUCUUUCUCCGGGCAAUGCGCCCUCGUAUCUGACAGAGUAUCGCCCGGUGAAGGGGCGAGAAUCGUGGCGGCGGGAGAGCCUGAGCUUGGCAGAAUAUAGAUUUCUAAGUCCAGGCGCCGAGAAAGAGUCUAAAAGACAGGAGAGAAUAAACUAUGAUCUGAGGGAAGAGCGUUAUAUCGAUCAGGAUGUUCUUAUUCAUCAGGCGUGGUUUAUGGUCAUUGAUAAUUAUACCAUAGGAAUUUUCAAGUCUGCAGAUGAUCAACUCUCAGACUUAUACCCACAGCCACCACUAUACCCACACCAGGAGAAAAUUGGAGCGUUUAACGCACUGGUACAUACAAUAUCGAAUACUCUAGAACGUUCAGAAAACAUAGUCCUUGAUACCUACCGUGCCAAGGUUUCUGAGCUAGAAUUCUGUUAUCAAUCACUUAUUAACAAAGAUAUGGAUGUGAGUGAUGACGAAAACAGAGAAGAUGUCUCUAGCUACCAUAGAGCAAAUUUCGAAGCAAAACAGUUCGCUAAAAAUUCCAAGGACCUAGCCAGAGCAGUCGAAAAAGUUGUAAUCCAAAUCAGUACCAUCAGUAGCGUGGUUCAAUCUCAAAUACAGAUUCUCAAAGAUCUACGAGAAAUCUUUCGCCUUAGCAUUGGUUUGGCAAGCAGGCGGCCUCAGGGAGCCAACUUACAAAUACCAAUUAUGUCGGAUCAAAAAGAACAAGUCCGUGCAGCCGAGCGAAGCCUAAGCUUUGUUAUUAAAGAUCGAUAUAGAUUUUCUAAGACACUUGAUGCCUUGACCAAGGAUGUAAAAUCCUUGUCGGGAUCCUUGGCAGUAAGAGGAACUCAGACUGCGAUCGCGCGACAAAACACCACCAUGUCAACACUUGCGCUUAUUUCAACGUUAUUUUUUCCGUUGGGAUUUUUUACUUCGUACGUCACACUAGAUGCUGCUAAAACCGUAGCCAGGACACAGUCCAAGUUCUUGAGAUUGCCUGGACCAAUCGCUGCCGUUUUCAUAGUUGCAACUCUAGCAGUCAUCGCCCACAAAAACGGCCUCACUGAUUCUUUUAUGAAAAGGCUUAUGAUGUUGCGGUUGAAGCUGAGAAACUAUCUUUUAAAAAUACUCAUGAAGAAAAGGAUGCGGCCACAGCAGCAUCGCAAAAGUGGGCAGAACGGUGCGAUCUAG